GAUGAUCUAAAGAUCAUAUGGAAACCGCCCACCCGCAUUGUGCCAAGGGAGUUUGGAGUGAACAAAAUGGAGCGCGGCCCACGUGAGGGCGUAUCUCGCUUGGUAGGGAGCGCGGCCGGUAUGCUUCCUGACUGGAUCCUUUCCGGGACGCCGAAGCCUCUCGAGCCUCUCGAGCCGCCCGCCGUCGCUUGCUGUCCGGCUUCGCCGCUGCUUUUGGCCCGGUGGAAGCGAGUGUGGACCAGGGGACACGACGUUUGGCCUUAGCGGGGAAACGCCGACAUGCCGGCGGUGUCGAAAGGGGACGGAAUGCGCGGCCUGGCCGUGUUCAUCUCCGACAUCAGGAACUGUAAAAGUAAAGAGGCGGAGAUCAAGAGGAUCAACAAGGAACUGGCCAACAUUCGAUCCAAAUUUAAAGGCGACAAGGCUCUGGACGGCUACAGCAAGAAGAAAUACGUUUGCAAGCUGCUAUUCAUCUUCCUUCUGGGCCACGAUAUCGACUUUGGACACAUGGAGGCCGUCAACCUGCUCAGUUCCAACAAGUACACGGAGAAGCAAAUUGGUUACCUGUUCAUCUCGGUGCUGGUCAACUCCAACAGCGAGCUGAUCCGCCUGAUCAACAACGCCAUCAAGAACGACCUGAGCAGCCGCAACCCCACCUUCAUGAAUUUGGCGCUUCACUGCAUCGCCAACGUGGGCAGCCGCGAGAUGGCCGAGGCCUUCGCCUCCGACAUCCCCCGCAUCCUGGUGGCCGGGGACACGGUGGACAGCGUGAAGCAGAGCGCGGCGCUUUGCCUCCUUCGCCUGAACAAGACGUCACCUGACCUGGCGCCCGUGGGCGAGUGGACGUCCAGGGUGGUCCACCUGCUCAACGACCAGCACCUGGGGGUGGUGACGGCGGCCACCAGCCUCAUCAGCAGGCUGGCCCAAAAGUGUCCGGAUGAUUUCAAAACGUCCGUGGCGUUGGCGGUGGCCCGACUCAGCAGGAUCGUGACGUCGGCCUCCAUCGACCUUCAGGACUACACGUACUACUUUGUGGCAGCGCCGUGGCUGUCGGUGAAGCUGCUGAGACUGUUGCAGUGCUACCCUCCGCCGGAGGACGCGGCACUGCGGAGUCGCCUGACGGAAUGUCUGGAGACCAUCCUGAACAAAGCCCAGGAGCCUCCCAAGUCCAAGAAGGUUCAGCACUCCAACGCCAAGAACGCCGUUCUCUUCGAAGCCAUUUCGCUCAUCAUCCACCAUGACAGCGAGCCCACCUUGCUGGUGCGAGCGUGCAACCAGCUGGGUCAGUUCUUGCAGCACCGCGAGACCAACCUGCGCUACUUGGCCUUGGAGAGCAUGUGCACCCUGGCCAGCUCCGAGUUCUCCCACGAGGCCGUCAAGACGCACAUCGACACCGUCAUCAACGCGCUCAAGACGGAGCGUGACGUGAGCGUUCGCCAGCGCGCGGUGGACCUUCUCUACGCCAUGUGCGACCGCAGCAACGCCAAGCAGAUCGUGGCGGAGAUGCUGGCCUACCUGGAGAACGCCGACUACUCCAUCCGAGAGGAGAUCGUGCUCAAGGUGGCCAUCUUGGCCGAGAAGUACGCGGUGGACUACACCUGGUACGUGGACACCAUCCUCAACCUCAUUCGCAUGGCCGGGGACCACGUGAGCGAGGAAGUGUGGUAUCGCGUCAUCCAGAUGGUCAUCAACCGAGACGACGCGCAGGGCUACGCCGCCAAGACCGUCUUUGAGGCGCUUCAAGCGCCCGCCUGCCACGAGAACUUGGUGAAAGUGGGCGGCUACAUCUUGGGGGAGUUUGGCAACCUGAUCGCGGGAGAUCCGCGCUCCAGCCCGCUGGUCCAGUUCGAGCUGCUGCACUCCAAGUUCCACCUGUGCUCGGUGCCCACGCGGGCGCUGCUGCUGUCCGCCUACGUCAAGUUCAUCAACCUGUUCCCGGAGGUGAAGGCCACCAUCCAGGAGGUUCUGCGCUCGGACAGCCAGCUGCGCAACGCCGACGUGGAGCUGCAGCAGAGAGCCGUGGAGUACCUCAGGCUCAGCUGCAUCGCCUCCACCGACAUCCUGGCCACCGUCUUGGAGGAAAUGCCCCCUUUCCCGGAGAGGGAGUCCUCCAUCCUGGCCAAGCUGAAGAAGAAGAAAGGACCCGGCAACGUGACCGCCGUUGACGACACCAGGCGCAACGUGAACGGCGCCGCGGAACACGGCGCCAAGGAAGACGGCGGCGACCCCGACGUUGCCGCGAACUUGGCGCAUCCCUUCGACGACCUGCUCAACCUCAACUCGCCCCCCGCGGCCAACUCCAGUCUGCUAGUGGACGUGUUCUCCGAAGCCCCGCCGGACCCCGCCUCCGCCCCUCCGCCCGACGUCUCUGACGAGAGUUUCAGCAGGUUUGUGUGCAAGAACAACGGCGUUCUCUACGAGAAUCAACUAUUGCAGAUUGGCCUCAAGUCCGAGUACCGGCAGAACCUGGGUCGCAUGUACGUGUUCUUUGGCAACAAGACAUCCAGUCAGUUUGUCAGCUUCUCCUCGUCGGUGAGCAGCCAGGACACCCUGAAAGCUCGGGUGAACGUGCACGCCAAGGCGGUGGAUGGCGUCAUCGAGGGCGGCGCUCAGGUCCAGCAGAUCCUCAACAUCGAAUGCGUGUCGGAGUUCAGCGAGGCCCCGCUGCUCAGCAUCCGCUUCAGGUAUGGCGGCGCCCCACAAAACAUCUCGGUCCGACUCCCCGUCAUGCUCAACAAGUUCUUCCAGCCCACCGAGAUGACGUCGCAAGAGUUCUUCCAGCGCUGGAAGCAGCUCGGCCUUCCUCAGCAGGAAGUCCAGAAGAUCUUCAAGUCCAAACACGCCAUGGACAGCGAGGUGACCAAGGCCAAGAUUUUAGGUUUUGGCGUGGCGCUGCUGGAGGCCGUGGACCCCAACCCGGCAAACUUUGUCGGAGCCGGCGUGCUUCACACCAAAACUUCUCAGGUGGGAUGUCUUCUACGGCUGGAGCCCAACACGCAGGCGCAGAUGUAUCGUCUGACCCUGCGAACCAGCCGCGACGGCGUGUCUCGGCGACUUUGUGACCUGCUCUCAGAUCAGUUCUAGAAGCUUCUGUGUACAGUUUGUAAGUUUUGUUUUUUAAAGUGGAUUUUUUGGCACAUAGCUUUACGGGCUGUUACUGUUUUUUUUUUUUUUUUUUUUUAAAGAAGGGUCUUGUCCUCUUGUCACCACGUUACAUGUGAGUACGACAAAGGGUGCCUUCACAUCUCACACUGUUGCGGUUUUGUCGGCUUUUUAAGCACACUCGCACACUUUGUCCCGUUGGUGCCUUUGUACGCGAAGCACGAGCGCACUGCCUCACCAUUUCUACCUGAAUGCACGUCGCACACUUUUUGGUGCCAUAUUUCUAUUUUCUAAUGCUCCUCGCUGCCUUAAGAGUCGUUUUGUUUGGAAAUAAACGCCUUCUCCUCAAAAAAA